AUGCCCAGCCAAACCGAGCUCCCCAAAUACCGCCUGAGAGUGACGGCAGGUCCGGACUAUGACCGAUCAACACACCAACAGGUUGCCGUCAACGAUAAGACGCUACACUUUGACGGCGACCGAGCAGCAGUGGACGUGGGCGUCCAUAUCCAGAACUUCUCCGGAUACCCUGAGAAUUCCCCAAAGACCAGCCCAUAUUUCUCACAGCCGCUACACGCCCAUGAUCAAUACUCAAUAUCUUGCUCGUUCACUCCGAAAGAGAAUAUCAAUGGCAAUGACCUAGUCUUCGGCAAUGACUUCGACCAUCCUAUCCGCGAUCGCCUACCAAUGGGCUUCAACGCCGCAUUGAAGACAGUCAAAUGGGCGAUUGACCCCUCUAUCGAUGGUGACGCCUAUGCCGACAAACCAUAUCUCUACAGCCCCGCCCUGGCAACGUGGAAUCAAUUCCGCAUCGGCGGAAAGAGUAAUGCGGCGACUCCUAAAUUGACGACCGAGUAUGUUGUGGAGGAGGGCGCUGAUGGAGAUGGUGUGGAGAGUCGCGCUGCAGUCAACAUCUCCGGUGAUACGGCAAAGGCUCGCCGAAGCCAUUUUCAAAAUGAGAAGCACCGCAAGGAAUUCGAUUUUGAAGCUGGUAGGACAUACUUGGCUGACUUUGGCAAUGGGUACCUCUCUUUCAGCGAUAUGUCGAUUCAUCUGCCCGGAUUCACCAUUCCGGUGAUCAGUAUGGUCGAUGAUACAAUGAACGAAUUGCGCUAUGUUCUCAAGAAUGUCAAAACCGGUGAGGUGUAUCUGGCUGUCCUUUUCACUGUUGUUUGGGACCAACCUGAACUUGAAAAGGCGCAAAAUGGCGAGCAGACAGGAGAUCAAGACGUGGACUAG